AUGUCAGAGGGGAUUAACAAUAACAAUACAGAUGACUUGGGUACAGAGACAGAUGUUACACACCAGAAGAGCUUGGCGAUGCAGGAAGAGAGUAUGGGGCCACUUAGGGAAGACCUUGCUGAUUGGAUCGCUAAAACUCUAGAAAUUGAUAUAUCAUCUGGGAACUUUAUGGAUGUGUUAGACAAUGGUGUGUAUUUGUGUGAUCUGGCAAAUGUGAUUCACAAGAAAGCUGAGGAGUGUGUGCAAGAGGGCAAAUGCACUGAGGAAAUACCAAAAGUACAUCUAAAGUGUAGACGGAAUGCUCAGUCUGGGAGCUGGUUUGCUAGAGACAAUUCAGCCAGUUUUCUCAAGUGGUGCAAAUCAUUCAAAAUGCAAGACGAUUGUUUAUUUGAGUCGGAGGAUUUAGGUAGGUCUCGGCAAAAUAUAUCUUGACAGUUAAUGAUUAUGUAGUCAGUCCUUGAUUAUUUCCCACAUUUUUUUGUCAUCUAAAAAUGUAAAAUGUGUCUCUAUUUCUUGAAAAAAAACACUGUAUAAGAGUAAAUGUUUUCACUGUAUAAGAGUAAA